AUGGCAGACUCGCUGCUGCAGGUCAGGCGGGCUCCUGGCCGCUUCGUACGGUCGCGGGCGCGCAAGGCCUGGCCCCAGCUCAUUUUCAGCCGUCGACUACGCUGCUGGCCUGGGUCCCUGAGCUGGUGCGGCCGGCGGCGGCUACGACGACGGCUACUGCAGGCCCAGGCAGCAGGCGUGGACUUGCGGGAGAGCGGCUGCCUGGCAUCUGGCGCGGCGGCGCCGGCGGCAGAGGAGGUUGUAUCCCGGCGACUCAAAGCCGCGGCUCUCCGCUCCGUCCCUGCCGCGACCCCUGACCCCGCCCCCACCCCGGUGGUUCCCUUCUUGACCCAAAUCCCUACCCCGUUGCCCGCCGGCCGCGGCCGCGCGGUGUUGCUGCUGCCGCUGGAGCAGUCUUUUUUUUUCAGCGGCAUCUGUCGUGUGACUUGCCUCUAUGGCCGGGUACAAGUGUUUGGCUUUACCCUCAGCCCAGGCCAGCCUGCCUGCGAGGCCUUCUCUGCUUAUACCAACUGUCUCCUGAGCAUCACAGCUGUUCCAUAUCCCGUGCCUGAGAAGAGCAGGAAGGAGAUGAAAAGGGAAGUCCGAGCUGUGCUCAGAGCGCAUCUUACCCUGGAUAACAGAUGCCGACUGAUGAGGUGCUUCUCUCCUCUGUGUUCCAUUGUGUUGUUACAACGUCUGAAAACCCCAGCGAUGGAGUUCAUAAUCAGCCAUCCAGGUUUAUCCUGCCUCUUCUUACAAGAGACUGAGACGACCCAGCGCUCCACCUGUGAGUACAAAACCUUAAAGGCUGUUGGCAUCAGGAGAAACAAGAGGAAAAACGGGCAUCAGUUAACGGAGAGUGCCUUCUCCGCAGUGAACGCGUUGGUCAGUGCUGUUUGCGAGGAAUCAGAUGGCUGUCCUGUUAUUCUGGUGUGUGGAACCCAAGAUAUUGGGAAGUCAACAUUCAAUAGAUACCUCAUAAACCAGUUGUUAAAUUGUAUUCCCUGUGUUGACUAUUUGGAAUGUGAUUUAGGACAGACGGAAUUUACUCCUCCUGGCUGCAUUUCUCUGUUGAAUGUCACAGAACCAGUUCUAGGCCCGCCUUUCACGCACCAGAGGACGCCACAAAAGAUGGUGUAUUACGGGAAAACGACCUGUAAAAACAACUUUGAACAUUAUAUUGAGAUCAUCAAGUAUGUGUUCAGCGCUUACAAGAAAGAGUCUCCUCUCCUCAUCAACACCAUGGGAUGGGUGACAGACAAAGGGCUCUCACUGCUCAUUGAUCUCAUCCGCCUGCUCUCACCCAGCCACGUCGUCCAGUUAAGCUCUAGCCGGAGUAAGUACAUUCCGAACCUCACCCCCGACUAUGUGGAUGACACCGAGGGCUUCUACACGAAAAGGAGGACCAAGAUCAGAAACCGGGGUUUCCACAUCCCAGAAGCAGAGAAUUUGGAGUUUGUUGAGGACGAAAGAGACAGUCCAGUUGUGUUUGCUGGGCACAAGCUGAUAACCGUUCGAUCAGAGUUUGCAUUUCGAAAAACCCCCAGAAACAGAGAAUUACAUAACAGGGUUUUCCGGGACUUGGCCGUCUUGAGUUACCUUGGCAAGCUGCAGGCCUCAAACCCAAAGUCACUCUCUCCUUUGCACGGUCUGACGCCCUACCAGGUCCCCUUCAACGCAGUUGCACUGCAGAUCAUGCACGCGGAUGUUGCCCCGACCCACAUCUUGUACGCAGUGAACGCCAGCUGGGUCGGCCUCUGCAAGAUCCAGGACGACGUCAGAGGCUACGUGAACGGGCCCAUCCUCCUCGCCCAGACUCCCCUGUGUGACUGUGUGGGGUUUGGGAUCUGCCGAGGGAUUGACGUGGAGAAGAGGCUGUACCACAUCCUUACCCCUGUGCCCCCCGAGGAGCUAAGAAGUGUGAACUGCCUGCUGAUCGGGGCGAUUUCCGUCCCUCAGUGCGUCUUCAAGAACCAGGGCUUUGAGGGACCCCUGCCUUACGUCACUACAGAUUAUAAUUUUAACCUUCCUGGAGCACGAGAAAAAAUUGGAGCAAGAGACCCCGAGGAAACCUACGAGGAGAAAAGAUACUGGAGACCCAAGCUGUCUCAGAAAGUACACCGCUACUGAUGGCCUUGAAACCAGGGAGUCUGUCUCCCAGACGGGUAGCCUACGUGUCCCUCGGACGCCACCUCAACAGCGCUUCGUGGCGACCAAGGCACACCCACCUAGCAGACAGUAUUUGUAUAUAACUCAUGACGUGGCUCAGAAAUGUCUUGACGCGACACGGUCGUCUCCGUGCACUCUUGUCCUUUGGUGGCAGGGGAGAAGGUGCCGUUGGACCGAGUGUGGCUGGUCCCCAAAGCUCGUCAGGUCUGCUGACUGGAACCAAGAUACGAGCGUGGGAAUCGGGCCGUACAACUGGAGCAUGGGAGAUCGAAUAGUGGGGCCGCCUCAGGAAUCGGGGCUUGGAGAUCCACCUCCCUUCUCACUGGGGUGCUGUGCAGAAUGAGGGAGUGGACACCCUGACGGAGUUUGCUUGGCUUCUGGCUGGUUGAUUCUAAAUAAGGUCAUCUCCCACUGAUGAGUGAUAAAAGAUGAUGUUUGGGCUGUUUAAUUUAAUCAGGGCUUAACAGAUUGAAAAAUAAAGUCUGAACUCAAGAGACCUUUGGUGUAAUACCGAAGAAAUGACUCUCGAAUCCAGAAAGCAUUUCCUUGGCAGGAGUGGGGUAGUGCUGUUUGGAAGGACUGGCAGGCCCACUGGGCAGUGCCAGUCAGAGUGGCCUCCGAGGGGCCGGGGACCAGGGCAGUUGUCCCUCUCCCACAGCAAAAACCAAGGGAAACCUUCCUUCGCAUGUUCAAGGGGCGAUCCUGAUCUUUACCUUCUAAGGUUGGGGGUAAAUAUUGUAAACCAGGACAAGCAGACCUGAUUGGUUGUGCAUUUAAAGGCAGGUGUGAGAUCCUGAGGCAGCUUGUCAAACUGGUGUUGGGACCAUGUCGGACCAGAGGAGCAGAACGAAUAACUUACUGGCCAGAUUAUGUGAAGGAGAGUGAGCUGUCGAGUUACCAUGCUUAUGUGUAUUCAGCUGGGUUAUCGGCGUCUGCAGUACCCUGUGGUGGCCCUUCAGCAUCUCUAACCCUCGGGAGAGGAUAGGAAUCCUCUGGCCCUCCUCGGUACUAUCGGGACCACUUUAACGCUGAGCUGAGCUUUUUCAGUUGUCUCUUGUUUACAUCCUUAUUGAGCUUGUAUUGUAUUUUUCUGUCUCGGUCUCGCAAAGAAUUUUAGAAAAUAAACCACCACCAUCAACUUAU